AGGAGGAGAGCGACGAACACCGGGGGCUGCUGGGAACUUCACGGAAACGGUAAAUGCGGGCAGUAACGGUGUCGGUGGCAGUAACGGUGACGUGAUGUGAUGCGAUGCCGCGCGGGAUCUCGGUAACGUAAGAAGAGCAGCAGCAGCGGAGGAGGAGGAGGAGGAGGAGGAGGACUGUCGAGGCUCAGCCGACGAGAGGAUGCAGCAGUGACCGACGGAUCGGUACCGGGAGGAGGGGAACACAUCCGUCCGUCCAACGGAGCCAGCGGCCGCCUCCCCGGGUCUCGGACCGACCCGAUCGGAUGUAAAGCUGCAGGGAUGGACGGGUAGGCUGGAAGGAGGAGCGGAGCGAGCGACGGUACAUAACGGAGGAGAGAGCGGCAGGCGGAGGAGCAGCGGAGGAGGAGGGAGGAUGAAUUCUGGGGAUGGAGGAGGAGAAGCGGGCCCGGACGGCCUGGCGACGGCAGGCUCGGGGAAAGCAGAGUGUGUUCGGGCGGUCGACGUCCUGACGGUGCUCAGAGAGAAAGUGGCCUUCGUUUCAGGUGGGCGGGACAAACGCGGCGGACCAAUCCUGACCUUCCCUGCCAGGACCAAUCAUGAUCGAAUAAAACAGGAAGACCUCAGUCGACUGGUCACAUACCUGUCGACCGUACCAAGCGAGGACGUGGGUGCGCGGGGCUUCACCGUGGUGGUGGACAUGCGGGGCAGUAAGUGGGACAGCGUGAAGCCGGUUCUACGGACGCUGCAGGAGUCGUUUUCCUCCAACAUCCACACGGCGCUGCUCAUCAAACCCGACACCUUCUGGCAGAAACACAAAACCAACCUGGGCAGCGCCAAGCUCAGCUUCGAGACCAGCCUGGUCUCGGUGGAGGGUCUCUCCCGGCUCGUCGACCCCUCCCAGCUCACAGCCGACCUCGGUGGCUCGUUGGAGUACGACCAUGUGGAGUGGACCGAGCUGCGUCUGGGUCUGGAGGAGUUCUCGGGGGCCGCCUCACAGCUGCUGGCCCAGCUGGAUCAGCUGGAGGCCGGGCUGAACCGCAUACCAGAGCCUCAGGACGUGGACGAGGCCCGCAAACUCCUGGAGGAACAUGGACGUCUCCGUAACACCAUCACCACUGCUCCUGUCGACGCUCUUGAACGAGAGGGGCGGAGCUUGUUCCAGCGAAUGCGUCUUGGCCCCACCCACGGGGACGCUUCAACAGAAGGCGGCGGUGGAGGCGGUAGUCACGGCAGCUGGUUGUCAGGCGGGGCGGACUUCCAGAGUGUCGCACCAAAGGUUUCCUCCCUGCUGGACCGGAUGCAGGCGGCUCGCACUCACCUGCUGCAGAGCUGGAGCGACAGGAAGCUGCACCUGGACCAGGCGCUGCAGCUACACCUGUUUGAGCAGGACGCCACCAAGAUGUCGGAGUGGAUCGCUCACAGUAAAGAGUUGUUCGUGCAGAGUCUGGUGGAGGUUGGCCAGAACCACCAGCAUGCCCUCGACCUCCAAACGCAACACCAGCACUUCACCGCCAACUGCAUGAAUGGCAGCGUGAACGUGGACAGCGUGGUUACCGUGGCAGCGAGGCUGGCGGAGGCGGGUCACUACGGGGCGGAGCGUAUCGCCCUCGUGUCGUCACGGUUACAGGAAGACUGGAAAUCCCUAACGACGGCGCUGGAAGAACGUAGCAACACGCUUGCCAUGGCAACGGGCUUCCACCAGGGGGCGGAGCAGUUCCUGCUGAGAGUAGAGGGCUGGGUUCAGGUGUGCUCUGAAGGCCCGUUGCCAUCGGCGACAGCAGAGCUAGAAGCUGCAACAAAGAAACACCAGGAGCUGAACGAGGAGAUCUCUGCUAACUACACACAGGUCAGUGAAAGCGGUAAAGCCUUACUGGAAGUCCUCCAGCGUUGCACAGCGACUGAAUCUGAUGACUCGACGACCAAACCAGACUUCACAGCCGCCACGCACGGCAUCAUGGGAGUUCUGCACCAGGUCAUGCAGGGUCAUCACGAGGUGGAAGGGGCGUGGCAGCAUCGUAAACUCCGCCUCCACCAGCGUCUGCAGCUGUGUGUGUUUCAGCAGGAUGUGAGACAGGUGUUGGACUGGGUGGAGCAGCACGGUGAGGUUUUCCUGAACAAACACAGCGGCGUGGGGAAAUCUCUGCACCGAGCGCGAGCACUGCAGAAACGCCACGAUGACUUCCAGCAGGUCGCACAGAACACUUACACUAAUGCAGAGAAGCUUCUGGAAGCAGCCGACCAGCUGGCUCAGUCUGGAGAGUGUGAGGAGGAGGAGAUCUACCAGGCAGCUCGAGACCUGGAGCUCCGCAUGCAGGCGUUUAUUCAGAGAGUCGAGCAGAGGAAGCUGCUGCUGGACCUCGCUGUGUCGUUCUACACACACACCAAGGAGGUAACACACACACACACACACACACACACACACACACACACACAGACACACACACACACACAGACACACACACACACACACACACACACACACACACACACACACACACACACACACACACACACACACACACACCAAGGAGGUAACACACACACACACACACAGACACACACACACACACACACACACACACACACACAGACACACACACACACACACACAGACACACAGACACACACACACACAGACACACACAGACACACACACACACACACACACACACACACACAGACACAGACACACACACACACACACAGACACACAGACACACACACACACACACACACACACACACAGACACACACACACACACACACACACACACACACACACACACACACACAGACACACACACACACACACACACACACACAGACACACACACACACACACACACACACAGACACACACAGACACACACAGACAUCCGGUCUGUACGGCUCUGAAGGCUCAGCGCUCAACGUUCAGUCAUCAACACAAAAUGCAACCUCGCCCACAGUCUAUGGAGUGGGCGCCGCUCCAGGGGGCGCCGUGGGCUCUCCGGGGCCGAAGCGCACCGUCUCCGGAACAGGAAACACCUUGAAGCGAUGGUUAACCAGUCCUGUCCGGAGGCUGAGUCAAGGAAAGGCUGACGGACAAAAGAAACCGCCAAUCAGAACGAGGAGGCGGGACAACAGGCCGGAGAUCACACCCCUUACUGGCAACGCACAGACGAAGGCGAAGAAGGAGGAGGGGGCGCAAAGUGGAGGAGAGGAGGAGCCAGAGGAAGAAAGCCACACCCCUCUACCACCUCCCAUGCAGAUCAUCAAAGACCCAAACAACCCCGAGGCUCUGGAUUCAGAUCAGGGCUCCAACGAGUCGGACACCGAGCAGAGAAAUAAAGCUCUGAGAGGACGCAUGUUUGUUGUUAACGAGAUGGUCCAAUCAGAGAAGGACUACGUGAAGGACCUGGCUGUGAUUGUGGAGGGCUUCAUGUCCAGGCUGGAGGUCAGAGGGAUCCCCGAGGACAUGAGAGGGAAAGACAAAAUCGUCUUCGGCAACAUCCAGCAGAUCUACGACUGGCACAGAGAUUUCUUCCUGGUGGAGUUGGAUCGUUGUGUUCAGAAUCACGACCUGCUGGCCGACCUUUUCAUCCGACAUGAGCGUCGUCUCCACAUGUACAUUGUUUACUGUCAGAACAAGCCGAGGUCAGAGUUCAUCGUCAUCGAGUACGAGACCUUCUUCGAGGAGAUCCAGCAUGAGAUCAGCUGCAGGAUGUCGAUCAGUGAUUACCUGAUCAAACCCAUCCAGAGAAUCACAAAGUACCAGCUGCUGCUCAAGGAUUUCCUCAAGUACACGUCUAAAGCAGGACUGGACUGUGAGGAGAUCGAGAAAGCAGUCGACCUGAUGUCUUUGGUGCCGAAGCGCUGCAACGACAUGAUGAACCUGGGGCGCCUGCAGGGCUACGAGGGGAAGUUGACGUCUCAGGGGAAGCUGCUGCAGCAGGAGACGUUCUGCGUUUGGGAGCAGGACGGCGGCGUUCUGUCCCGGAGCAAAGAGCGACGAGUCUUCCUGUUCGAGCAGAUCGUCAUCUUCAGCGAGCUGCUGCGCAAAGGAUCCAACAACCCGGGAUACCAGUUCAAGAACAGCAUCAAGGUGAGUUACCUGGCGAUGCAGGACAGUGUGGACGGGGACCCUUGUAAGUUCGUGUUGUGGUCUCGCGGCUCGGCCGAGCGCUUCACGCUGCAGGCGUCCUCCACCAGCAUCAAGAUGACCUGGACGGAGACCAUCGCCACGCUGCUGGAAGCCCAGAACAACUUCCUGUCAGCUCUUCAGUCUCCCAUCGAGUACCAGAGGAAAGAGGGCGGGAUCACAGUGACCCGCCCUCUGUCGUCAGGGCGACCGCCGUCAGCUCCUCCCACGCCAAAUGGUCACGCCACUCAGCCUCAGCACGACAGCGAGCAGGAAGACCAGCUCGUGCUGGUGCUGCAGGACUUCGUCGCGGUGCGGGAGGACGAGAUUUCGGUGUUUCGAGGAGAGAAGGUUCAGAUCCUGGCGUCCAACCAGCAGGGUCAGAGUCUCGUGUACCGACCGGCGAACAGCGACUCGCCGGCCGCCGAGGGCUGGGUGUCACGCAGCGUGCUCAACAUACACUGACACACACAAACACACAACUACACACACUGGCAGCAGGGUCAGAGUCUGGUUUACGACCACUACACACACUGACUCGAAAACGCCACGCCAACAGGGCCAAAAGGCAUGCUGGGAAAUGUGUUCAUGUAAAAGUUGGAGCCUUCAGAUGGCGAUGGAAACUCAUCCAAAAGCUAACGGACACACGACUUUAAAAGGUACUCAUCGGAUUCUCACAAGUUUGAUGACAUCACGAUAUUUCCUGUAGCGCCGCCAUCAGGACAAACCGUCCAAUGAAACGACGGCGUUGGAAAUAACUGCUGGAUUUCCAUAAAAGGUCAAAAGAUCAGAAGUACGAGAGGGAAAAGUUGAUUUAGGGCUCAUAACUGUUUCCUGACAGUCUUCAGGCCCUGUUUACUAAUCACACACACACACACAC